AUGUCUCCUAGCCCUGUCCUUCGUCUUCCACCAGAGCUCAUUACCCAAGUUACCCAAAACCUGCUCGCAGACAGAGAGAGCUGGGCGCUUAGCGAACUGUCACUGACUCACUCUGCAUUUCGGGAGCCCAGCCAACGAGCGCUGCUUAGUAAUUUGGUCGUCACCUAUGAGGGAGGACCAAACUCGUCCGCUUCUUUUGGCGCGGAAGGCAUUCUGGAGCGUUUCCAAAGCAAUCCGCGGUUUGCUGGCUAUAUAAAGCACCUGACGAUAGAAAUGUUCUACGACAAAGAGCAGCAUGAAGCAGAGGAUUACGACGACAACAACCACCAUGACAUCUACAAAACAAUCGAGACAAUCCUGCAAAGCCUGACAGCCGUCCGCCAUCUGAAAAUCCAUGGCGACUCUAUGUACGGCUGGCAACCACAACUUCGUGGGCUUGAACGUCUGAAGACAGCCCGCGACUUCGUAGCUGCCCAUCGUGGACAAAUCAUCAGCCUGGAACUUGUUCAUUUCCAUGAUAUGCCUGUGCUCAUCCUAAAGGAGCUUUUCUCGAGUGUACAGCAUAUCAAACUGCACCAUGCUCUGGAUUAUAUGCGCCUGAAAUCUGACGACCCGGAGCAGCAUAUCACUACCAUCCAGCCCCUGAAAAGCCUCGAACUCUUGCACACUUCGAACGCCUACGACCUUUUCCUUCAACCAGAAUUUUCUCCAUUCGUAGUAGGCUCGCUCCGCGGCUUGUCCUACCUGUCGAGCUCUGCCUACGGCGACGAUGAACUGUGCAGUAUCACUGCAAAGACCCUUGAAUACCUCGUUUUCGACUUUACUGAGCUACGUAUACGCGGCGAAUCGACACAUCGCCCACUAUCACUUCCACCCGCAUUGCCCUGUCUUCGACACAUCCAACUGCAGGUCAGCUCUGAAUUCGGCCAUUAUCUGAACAUUGGACCGCGGUUCUUGUCUGCCCUCCUCUCCUCGACGGGCUGUCCGCAGCUCGAACUGAUCACCGUCAAGGUAGCAUGGAAUAUCAAGUCCACCAACGAAAUGGAUUUGUACCACUUCAAAAGCUUCGUGCAGCAGUUUGACGACAAGAUGGCUCUUCGGAUUGCGACAGGCGGUCGUGCCCCGAUAUGCUCGUGGCUGCUGGUAUUCCACUCCCGGGUUCCAUACGAAGGCCGCCCCAAGACCCUCGAGAUGAUUGUGGAAACUCUGAAGCAGGGAAUGAGCUAUGCCUUCCAGCGGGGCUUGUUGAAUUGGCGGCACACGGAGGAUUACAAGGAACUAAAGAUUGCCAGUAGACAGAGCGUAACGACGGUGUCUUCGUCGACUCUUCGAUUUGUCCUGGUUGAUCGAUAUCGAGUCGUGCAGUUUGAGUUGUUGCCCGACGAGCUCCUUUCCGAAAUCCUUACUCCAGCUUUGAGAGUAUCGGACGAGGAGUUCGCAUACAUUGGCAGCCUGCCAUUUGCCUACACCGAAUCCAAAUCCGCUUACUUACUCGUCUGCAAGAGCUGGCUGAGGGUUGCGACUGUGCUACUUUACAAUGUCGUCGUUCUCCGCUCCCGAGCACAAGCAAAAGCACUGGCCGACGCUAUUUCGAGCAAUCAGCAGCUCGGUGGAUUCAUCAAGAAGCUGCGAGUGGAUGGCGGUUAUGGCCCCUCCAUGCAUACCAUCCUGAAACUGUCGCCCAACAUUUCGGACCUUUACCUGACCUUCGAGGUCUUCACGGGCGAUAACACGGAUGGACUCUGCAAGGGCUUGGAACUCAUCAGUCCAACGCGCCUCAUCGUUUUUGAGCGGCCCGACCGCGUUAUGAUGAACAAGAUGGUCUUGAAUCUGGUUCAGGCGGUCAUAAAAGCCAUAAAAGGCUGGGAGAAACUGCGUGUCUUCCAAUAUUCUCACUGGCAAUGCCGCCAACGACUGGCCGCAAUCUCGGAUUCUCUUAACUUGGUUGCCUCAAUCGAGUCUGUCGUAGUCGAAAGCGUCUAUGAUGCCCAGAGAGCCCAAAAACUGCUUAAACCGUGUCCACUGCGCGAAAUUGUAAUCACCAAGCCUCUCGUCAACAACCUCCAUCUUCGCCUACAUGAAUUCGCAGAUUUUUUGGCCUCAGUAGACCCACCAAUCAAGUAUACUAUCAAGCAGGAUAGCAGGACACAAGAGCACAGAAGUCCCUCUGCUCCACCAGAACCGUUAUAUCUGACGUUCCGACCGUUUGCGACCGCGCCAAUCGAGGUCCAAAACACUCUUUGGUCGCGGAUCUUGUUUUGGGCGAUGCGGGUUCCUGAACGAGCGCAAGGAGCAAUAAUCAAGGACUCGUCGCACCUUCUCUGCGUCUCCAGACAGUUUUAUACCUUAGGAAUUCCUCAUUACUACACUCAUGUCGUAUUCCGGACCGAAGAAUGCGCUGCAAGGCUUACUCAUGUUCUUUUGAGACAUCCUACACUUGCCACUCAAAUUCAAACCAUUGGAAACGACCCCGAUCGCAGGCUCGGCUUGAUAGACGACGACUCAGACACAGAAGCAGCGGAGAUAGUCCCUUGUGCAUUUGAUGGUAGCGCUAUGGUGGCGGUCCUUUCCAGAGCAACAUCGCUCCGGAAAUUCUGGCUGUGCCGUCCCACUUUAAUCCACGGAGUCACCCUUUCCCGCGCUGCCUUCUGGGCCCUCGCUAUCAAUUCAGGCUCAUGUCUCGUCGAACUGUCGACUGCUCUCUUUAGUGCACUGACCCCGCUCGAGGCCGAUGUCUUUGAGCACUUUGAGGCCUUGCAAACACUCGAUUGGUGGUCUGAACAGCCGGUUGCCAUUUCAUCUGAUGUCAAGGAAGACUCGCUCGGAGCACUCUCUCGCAUGCAAGUCUAUAACGCGGACCCCUCAUUUUUUGAUGUCCUAUGCAAUUUCGACCUGUCAUCUCUGACCCAUCUCUCUGUGUAUCCCGAAUGCCCCGUUCCUUGUCGCGAGUUUUGGACCACUCGCCAGCAUGGAGCCCGCCUGGUUCACCUUGAAAUAGCGCCUCACAUCGUGCGAGUGGCCGACAUCUCCAUUCUAGAUGUGUGCCCAAAUUUGCACUCUCUAACGCUUUUAUUUCCCGUCUUUAAGGAUGACAAACCAUUGGGCGAAGGGGACCUCAUCGCGAGCCAGCCGACCACAACACUGACGAGCAUAAACUUCCAACUCUUGUUCCACUUUCGCUCUAAGGCACUCAAAACAGCAUGGAUCGACUACUUCCUCGCCUUUUCUCUCCAGUCGCUUCCGAAUUUGCGCGAAAUAGUGAUCUCGGAAGGCAUGUCGUGGCCGACGACAGCACGCGAAAUUGCCAAGAAUGGCUGGGUACGGGCAGCUGAGAGGUUUCUCAAGGCGGGUGUAUCGAUGGUUGAUGAGCAGGGACACAGAUGGCGAACGAGACUGAAAAUCAGCUCGAAGAGAAAAUAG